GCUCGAACAACUCACUGCAUACUCAUGUAUUGCCACUAGGAUCCCCUCUUGUCCGUAAUAGUUCUUUCAUUACAUAAACCGGGACAUAUGUGUAGGAUGGCUUAGGCCCGGCGCACUGAUGCCUGCUAGGAUGCAUAGUGCGACUUGCCCAUCACAUACCCCAAACUCUGAUCACGAAGAGAGGUGUAGGUAAAUGGCAGAUGACUGGAUCUGCAUCUCUGGCGCUGGUCUGUUUAAGAACGUGAGCGAACCCUCCUUCAAACAUGAUUAUCAGUUCUCAUCCCCCAAUCCAUUCUACUGCGUUCUAUCUUGAAUAUUAGUCACCUUUUUCAUAGUCCCCUUCCUGAUAUGAGGGCCCAAAUUCUUCUUGCCAUUCUACCCUUCUUUUCCAGCGUUCUGGCCGACCGCAACCAGGCCUGGAGUGAAGUUUGCAGGAGCUCCCCACCCAGAGAUACGGCUACGAUCCAAAACGUGGAGUUUAGAUAUAUCUGCGACCAAAGCUGCGCAGGUCCGGUUCAAGUCCCAGGAAUUUACGAUCAUCCGAAUGACUGUGCUGCGAAAAUCACCUCUUCCUCGGACGAGCGUGUCGCUUGGAGGCGCUCUAACGGAGGUUGCUGGAAGUGCACAGAGCCUGGAACAUCACCGAAUAGUAACAAUGUUCUAGUGAUGGAAAAAGUACCGGAAGAUCCUUUUGGUCCUGAACCUGUUAGCCAGGAGCUGUAUGAUCAGUGCAAGCUGGAUCGUGACCAAUGCAGGCAGCAACUUGACCUGUGCAAGCAGGAGCGCGAUAAUUGCCAGGCUGGACCUGGGGAACCAGACCCAGUCCCGAACACUACUCCCGCAUGUGGCCAGACGCAUAGCCAGGGUACGUCUAAUUGGGCCGUCACUUGCGGAGAGUUGGCAACUGGCACCACUCAGUCGGACCAGACGAGACUCACCGUGGGUAGCCUUCAGGGAUGUAUUGAUAAGUGCGACGCUCGGCGGAGCGCCGGCCAGAGCUGCGACAGGGCUGCUUGGAUAUCAACGUUCACAAGCAAUGACUGUCUAUUGUCCUGGGGUCCCAUAAAGUGGGUUCCCAAUGCAAAUGCUCAAUCAGCGGGCACCCAGGCCCAUGACCUGCUAGCCUGCGUGGCAGCCCUGGAGGAAGAUCCCCAGGAUGCCACUGAGCAGCGUGUGCAGGUCAUCUGGGCCACCAUGGAGCAGGUUGCCCGUAAGAGCCAGCAGACAGUCCAGCAUUGCGGCCAGGCCAUCCGGGUGGAAGCCGUCCGGUCUGAAAAGGGGCAGACCCCAUACCGGCUGCUGCUGGCAUACAUGGAUGAGGCUGUGGUCCAGAAGCAUGUCCAUCCAUGGCAGCAGAUAUUAGUAUUCAUUACCCGCAUGCAGGCCCUGCAUGGCUGGACCAGCCUGAAAUAUGGGAUGACCGCGCGGCAGCACCAGAAAUGGCGGUAG